CAAGUACUGUUUGGACGGUAUAUGUGGUUGCAGUUUAGGCAGUGAUAGGCUGAUAGCAGCAGUAGUGCUACUUUAACUGGUUCAUCUUCUCCAAUAAUUUCUCUUCCCUUUAGAAACUGAGCAAAACAGCAAUGACGGCGGCAAGAGUCAUGGUAUCAGCCAGCAACACACUAACGGCUUCGCUCCUAUCGAAAGGUCCAUUACGAAGGCCCAACAAUUUCAGCCUUUGCUUCAGAAAUGGACCGGUGCAAAAGAGACGUCUUUUCACUUGCAGUGCAAUCUACAAUCCCCAGAUUCAGACUAUAGAAGAAGGACAGCCCGAAACCCUAGAUUACCGUGUGUUUUUUGCGGACAAUUCCGGCAAAAAGAUAUCCCCCUGGCAUGACAUACCACUACAUUUGGGUGAUGGUGUUUUCAAUUUUGUUGUUGAGAUCCCCAAAGAAUCAAGUGCAAAGAUGGAAGUUGCUACAGAUGAGCAACACACUCCAAUUAAACAAGACACUAAGAAGGGGAAACUUCGAUACUAUCCAUAUAAUAUUCACUGGAACUAUGGAUUGCUUCCUCAAACAUGGGAAGAUCCUUCUUUCGCAAACACCGAAGUUGAGGGGGCAUUUGGUGAUAAUGACCCUGUUGAUGUUGUUGAGAUUGGGGAAAGCCGUGGCAAAAUUGGCCAGGUUCUGAAGGUCAAACCUUUAGCUGCUCUGGCAAUGAUUGAUGAGGGAGAACUUGACUGGAAAAUAGUUGCUAUUUCACUAGACAAUCCAAGAGCUUCACUUGUUAAUGAUGUUGAUGAUGUAGAGAAACAUUUCCCGGGCACUCUCACAGCAAUCAGGGACUGGUUUAGAGACUAUAAGAUACCUGAUGGAAAACCUGCCAAUAGGUUUGCUCUUGGCAACAAGCCAGCAAACAAGGAUUACGCUCUUAAGAUUAUUACGGAAACCAAUGAAUCUUGGGCAAAGCUGGUCAAGAGAUCAAUCGCUGCUGGUGAGCUAUCACUUGUAUAAAUGCCGAUUAAUUGAGCUUAAGCCUGCCAGUGUUGGUGCUUGUAACCUAAACUGGACAUGGAAAAUUUUCGCUUCUGAGAUGGAAGUCAAUUCGUAUUUAUAAGACUUUUUUGUUAAUAA